AUGGUGCAAGUGACUCCCUUCCUCCUGGUGCUCAGCUUGGCCCUGGUGGCUCCUGGCCAGGCUUCCAGAAAGUGUGUGCUGACUGGGAAAUGGAUCAACGACCUGGGCUCCACCAUGACCAUCGGGGCUGUGAAUGGAGAAGGCAACUUCAAUGGCUUCUACCACACAGCUGUGACAGCCACCACCAACAAGAUCCAGGUGUCACCACUGCAGGGGUCCCAGCACCGCACCAACCAGAAGAACCACCCCACCUUUGGCUUCACUGUCAACUGGACCUUUUCAGACUCUGUCACUGUCUUCACUGGCCAGUGCUUUGUGGAUGAGAAUGGAAAGGAGGUUCUGAAGACCAUGUGGCUCCUGAGGUCACAUGUGGACAACAUCACAGAUGACUGGAAAGCCACUAGGGUUGGCAUCAACGUCUUCACUCGACUGCACUCUCAAAAGGAGUGA